UAUAUGAUAAUUCAGGGAAUGGGUUUGUACCAGUUGAGUAAACACAUAAUAAAAUCGAUCACUAUUACACUUACCAACUAGAAACCAUGGGAUCCGAAGAAGAGCAGCCGCUACUACAUGGAAUUGACUCUCCGACGACUCGCAUUUCUGAUCUGUCGUCCACCGUGAUCGAAGAGUUUCUAGAACAACCGCGGCGGGUGGCAUUUCGAUGCUGGGCUCGGCUGGUUGCUUGGGAGUCAAGGAUCCUCUGGAUUUUAUCUGGAUCAUCAAUUGCUGUUUCUGUAUUCAAUUAUAUGUUGAGUUUCGUCACUCUCAUAUUUUGUGGGCAAAUGAGCGCUUUGGAGCUCGCUGGUGCCUCGAUUGCUAGUGUUGGAAUACAAGGUCUUGCUUAUGGAAUCAUGUUGGGCAUGGCAAGUGCUGUACAAACAGUUUGUGGGCAAGCCUAUGGAGCCAAACACUUGCCAGCAAUGGGGAUCAUAUGCCAAAGAGCAAUCAUUUUGCACUUGGGAGCUGCAAUCCUCCUCACACCUGUGUACUGGUGGUCAGGCGCAAUACUCAUCGCCAUCGGCCAAUCAGAGGACAUAGCAGGGCAGGGUCAAAUCUUUGCACGCGGCCUGAUCCCUCAACUCUAUGCAUUUGCCAUAAACUGCCCACAACAGAGGUUCCUUCAAGCACAGAACAUAGUGAACCCUUUGGCAUACAUCUCUACGGGAGUUUUCACCCUUCACAUUCUUCUCACUUGGCUAGUGGUAUAUGUUGCUGACUAUGGACUAACUGGUGCUGCUCUUACACUGAGUUUUUCUUGGUGGUUGCUUGUUUUAAUAUGUGGGAUUUACAUUCUUGUAAGCCCCAACUGCAACGAAACUUGGACCGGCUUCUCUUGGAAAGCUUUCAAUGGAAUUUGGCCUUAUUUAAAGUUGACUAUCGCCUCUGCCGUCAUGCUGUGUUUGGAGAUAUGGUACAACCAAGGACUAACCCUGAUAUCUGGGCUCCUCCCCAACCCUACAAUAUCUCUAGAUUCCCUUUCAAUUUGUAUGAAUUACUGGUGCUGGAGUCUGCAGUUUAUGUUAGGAUUAAGUGCAGCAGCCAGUGUUAGAGUGAGUAAUGAGCUAGGGGCUGGUAAUCCAAAGGUGGCCAAAUUUUCGGUUUUUGUAGUGACCGGUACAAGCAUCCUGAUUAGUGUAGUCUUCACUGCAAUCAUUUUGAUAUUCCAAAUUGGAUUAAGCAAGCUGUUUACAAGCGACCCCGAGGUUAUCCAAGCAGUGAUUGAGUUAAUUCCGAUGCUGGCUAUCUCUGUUUUUUUGAAUGGCAUCCAACCUAUACUCUCAGGUGUGGCAAUUGGAAGCGGGUGGCAAGACAUCGUGGCUUAUGUUAACGUUAUUUGUUUCUAUAUCAUUGGACUCCCAAUUGGAUGUGUUCUUGGCUUCAAAACUGAUAUGGGAGUAGCAGGCAUUUGGUGGGGGAUGAUUGUGGGCGUUGGUUUACAAACAAUAACUCUAAUUAUUCUCACUGCCAGAACAAAUUGGAAUGCUGAGGUUGUGAAAGCUGCUGAUCGCUUGAAAAGAUCUACAAGUGAAGAAAUCUUGAACUUGGUGGGGCCUAUAUAAGGACCUUCAUACACGGAGAUUUUACCGUACUCCGGUGUAUGUUGUACUACAUCUAAGAUUGUUCACCAUUAGAUUAAUCAGAAGAAAGCAGAAAUCUAAGCAAUGGUUGGAAAAUGUUUAUAUGUUAAUAUCAAACUUGGAGUAAUGACAAAGCCAGGUGUGAAACUAUUCAAAAUAGAAAAUGAAACAUAAAUCAACAGAGUAAUUUUCGAAUGAUCAAUGGUCAUAUUGUUAAGCUUA